AUGGGCGCUGCACCCGGUCCUCACAAGCUUCUGGGAACACUUCAAGUGACAAUGGCUAAAAAAACGGUCGAUUCUGGAGGGCAGGUUUUCCAUACUCCUCCGGUGUUUGCUGUGACGAAUAGCCCCGUUGAAACGUUCAACGCGUCUCUCAAACGCGAAUACACGCUGCGUACACGUUGGGGACACCCAGCAUCAGCACAUACGACGGGGGAGUCCAGCACCAUCAGCAUAGACGACGGGGGGAAGGCUGCCAGUACCACACACGACGGCGGCUGCAGCGCCCAGCAGUAG